UUUAUUACAGAUUUGUGUGAUAUUACGAUCGGAUCGGAUUAUACGUUCAUCUUUUUAGCACCAAGAUUUUCUUAAUGAAAUAAAACUGCCGUCGCAGUGUACAGGGCAAUAAAGGAGUGGCCAUUUGUGCAGAAUCCAUAACUCAUAUCGUUCAUAUCCACCCAGCACAGCACAAUGGCCUUUUCAUUCGUCAGCAUUGGGAAUCUUCGAACACGGACGCUCCUCGCCGUUUCUAAAGAAAAUUCCCCGCAAACGUUUCUGUUCAUCACGUUCCCGGCCGUACCCGGCAGUGCAGUUCACUGGACUGCUCUGCCAGAAAUCGUUGGGAGGGCAGAACCUCAUCAGCAUCAGCGCUAGUUCACUGGAUCUUCGCACCAAAUAGCUUCAAAGAUGAAAUUUGCGCUGAUUUUCCUCAUGGCGUUUGUUGCCGUGUCUCAACAAUUUUAUCUUCAGCGGCCUAACAUUCCGAUGGUUUGGCUAUCACCUCACCCCGCACGACAUUUCAUGAGCAAUUACCGGCCUCUAGUUGCCUUUAAUGAAAAUUUGAACCGAGAUUCGGAAAACAGUCAAAGUAACGCUGAUGGCGAACAAGAGGAAUAUCCCGACACUCAAUCAAGGAUCAAAGGUAACCGGCCAUCGGAUUUCGACAUCCAGCCGCAGAGCGGGCGGUUUCUGGCCGGAAGCUUUGGGAACAAUGAUGGCUACAGCUAUAACGCAAACCAGAAUAGCAACCCGUUUUUGAGAACUUACACCACCACAACCACCAGUACUUCAACAUCUUAUAGUUUAUCAACCAGUACAUCUACCAGCAUUAUCGUCACCGCAACCACUACUAGUACCAGCACGGCUACAAUAGUUAGCACAGCUACUUUGUCUCUGACAUCGGUCGUUAAAUGCGUCCCGGCUUUGCAAGUUUCGGCAAUUCCAGUUUCUUGCGGCCGGAAGAAAAGGGGAAUUGACGAAGAUUCCGAGGAACAUCACCAGUUCAUCAUCUCUCCCUCGGAAACGCUCAAAUUGACGCCCACUGCUCUUCCGUCCGAAAGAAGUGAACGAGCCUUACCUAAUACCGAUGACGUUACAUCGUCCAAAGACGAAGUCGCCAACGUUGAAGUGUCCAAGGAAGAUCAGAGCAGAGCCAAACGAUUUUUCCUAUUGAACAGAAACUUCUAUUCCACAUCGACGGUGUUGACAACGUCGACUUCCACUAUCGUUAUCCCCACUACUACAGUGUCUCAGUCCAUAUCCACUGUGACCACAUUCGCUACGACGACCUCCACCUCAUAUUUCUUUUCCAACUCGACCGUCACACAAACAGUAAAUCUACUCAAUCCAGCCCCAACUGCUCAAUGUGCAGCAGUAGCCGUAGCUGCUGUUGCUGCCGUCGCAGGUGGCGCUGCUGCAGUACCUGCUAUACCGCAGUGUAUUUCCUGUUUACCGGUAGGCUACAUUGUCUGCCCUGCGUCCGGUUAAAAUGGCGAAUCAAGCCACUAUUUUUUAGCCAAUUGAAGUUGAAUGAUUCAAGUUGAUGCCUUAGCGCAUCUAAGAAAAAUAAAAAAAAAAAAUGUUUAAAUUAAGCUGACAGUUACACCUCAACGUUAUCACUGUAUAUCUUCGGCUUUUCUUUCGUGUAGACUGAACUGCCUGUAUUAUUUGCUCCUGCGCUUAUUACUUUAUAAUUAUUACUGAGCGCAUUGCAUGUGGCUGUCGGUUGAAUAGAUUUUUAGCAGCAUCAUUCACUUGUUCGAACUAGUCAAAUUUAUUUUCUCAAAUUUGAUAAAUAAAUGAGGAGUCGCCCAGGUGAGAUGAAUGCAAGAAAUGUGGGACAUGAACAAACUCAAUCCAAAUAAAUCCGUAGAUGA